UUUCACGAGAGCACGUACGGCCAACACCACUACCAUAAACAUACGAGCACAACUGAAGCAUUGAGCCUGCACAACCAUUUAGUCACACUCACUCGGGCUCAGUAGAAAUUUACAUUUUAAAAUUUUUUUGUUGUGUGUUUAGUUCUAACGGUGCUUAAAGAGGAAGGUCAAGAAUUUCUUAUUUAAUAAAAGUUUGAUUUCAGCCUACAACUCCUAAAGAAGAAAGAGUUCCUUCUCUGCUUGCCACAGAAACAGAAAAGGACUUUGAGUACAACUGUAACAAAGACCAUGGGUGAUAAAAAGUCCUAUAGCUCUGCGGCAACAACAACCACAACUACUAUAACAACAACAUCCAUGAAGGGCGAUAAUAAUCAACAUGGUGAAGGUGGUAAUAAAACCUCUACGGUAAGACGUUUCUUAGAAUCGGCCGGUCCUAGAAAGCCACCAGCGACAGGAGCCACAGGCCUUAAUAAUCAACAGCAGUUACUGCAAAACAUAGUUAGACCCAAUGAUACUCUGGAGUAUAUCAUCAAGUUUCCAACACCGCAAUAUCGCAAUGAAGCCACAACCACCACGAACAGCAACAAUGGAUUUGAUCAGCCAGAGGCAGAUGAUUUUGUAUUCGUUUAUAACGAUACAAAUGUGCCGAUAGUAAUGCUAUUGGGCUGGGCUGGUUGUCAGGAUAGAUAUCUAAUGAAAUAUUCCAAAAUCUAUGAAGAUCGAGGCUUAAUUACUGUCCGUUAUACCGCACCUGUGGAUACUUUAUUUUGGAAACGUCGCGAAAUGUUUCCCAUUGGCGAAAAAAUCCUGAAACUUAUCUACGACAUGAAUUUCGAUUCACAUCCUGUCAUUUUCCAUUUGUUUUCAAAUGGUGGUGCCUAUCUGUACCAGCACAUAUCAUUGGCCAUACGUAAGCAUAGAACUCCACUGCAAGUGCGUGGCAUGAUUUUGGAUUCGGCCCCUGGGGAGAGGCGUAUGUUGGGCCUCUAUCGUGCCGUCACAGCCAUUUAUGGCAAGGAACGAAAGAAGUGUCAUUGUGUCACAGCUAUCAUAAUAACCAUAACUUUGGGUAUUAUGUGGUUUGUUGAGGAAACUUUUUCUGCAUUUAAAAGCCUUUUCGUUAAAACCGAACCAAUACAAACGAAUCCUUUCCAUGAUCUUAAAAAUGAACCAAAUGAAUAUCCGCAAUUGUUUUUAUACUCCAAAGGUGAUGUUGUCAUACCCCACACGGAUGUCGAACAUUUCAUAAAUAUUCGACAACAACAGGGUGUCGAUGUAACUUCAGUUUGUUUCGAGGAUGCCGAACAUGUUAAAAUCUAUACAAAAUAUCCCCAACAAUAUAUACAAUGUGUUUGUAAUUUUAUUAAUAAUUGCUUGGCUGCACCAUUUAAACCUGCCAUGGAUUCGUUUAACAGCACGUCGACGACUCCCACAUCGACUUCUAUGAAAUAUGACUAAAUCUCUCCAAUCUAACUAAACAAAAUCUGGCGUUUCGCUGUUUUAUCCAGACUUAUAAUUUAUUUUUCUAAUUUGAAAAAUCAGAAAAAAAUGUAAAUCAGCGAAAUGAGUUUAAUAAAUAACAAACAAUAUUA